AUGUCAAAUGAUCAACCUGCUCUAGACAAUGUAUACUUGGAAGACCCUGACUUGAAUGAAGUCCUUGAUAAUGAGGAACCAAAACUCUGGUUCCCUUCUGGAGAUCUCAAAAACUUACCUACUAAAUUCUAUUCGGACUGUACACUCUCUAGAUCUGAAAGACAGAAAAUACUACAUGAUGAACCAUGCAAUGCUGAAGUUGAUUACAAGCCUCCUCAAAUAGAACCAUAUUUUCUAUUCCUACACCCUAUUGACAACAUUGAAAAGGUCUUAUUUGAAUCAAAACCAUCUGAUGGAGAACAGGAAGCCCUACAGGGGUAUGAAUUGUUACAUAAAUCUACUCAAAAUGCUAGAGAACUUCUACGGGAUGCAUUAUCAUAUGCUAAUGAUCUGCGAAGAGAAUUUGCACUUAAAGCACUGUCUCCCGUUCAUGUCCUAACAAAAGACAGGAAAGGUGUGUUUGGUGACAAGUUUAAAGAUUUGGUCGAAGAAGAAAAUACCAAAUCAAAAUUAUAUAAUGAUGCUAAUAGAGAAAAACGUAAAUUUUAUUUAUCUAAUCAAACAAACCAACAAUCUUAUACUUAUGCAACAAAAAGAAACUCAUGGCCAACAUCUAUUGUAAAAAAUGGUUAUUUACCAGAAUGGAACCAAAAACCCCCUUUAAGAUUUCAUUCUAUAAAGAACAAUUUUAUAAACAAUGUAGAUAUAAAAUUAGCAAAAAAGGAAAUCUGUUUUUUUACAAACACAAGCAAUACAACUGUUUCUCAAGCAACUCUCUUGCUACAUCUCCAAUGUUCUCAUAGUCAACAAGAAGGAUGA